GCUGUCGCACCUUGUUUGUUCGACCGGACCUUAUUCGCGCCACAGCACCGCCCAUUCGUUCGCGCGCCCAAGUGGCCCUUCGUCCCCCAUGACGUCCCCGUCCUCGUCCUCGAGAAGAGAGCGAGCGUCCAGCGACAAAGCUCAACCUGCGCCCCUCCCGCAACGACCGGGUCUCCCCAAUCGAACCAUUUCCGCCCCCGCCGGUGGCCUGUACAGGCUGGAUCCGACCAGAAUGGCCAUGGACCCCGGGAAUAAGGUCGAACGGACGCUGGUGGAGGAGGACGAGAAUCCGCCAUCGGCCGGAGGGAACAACGGGGUGUCAACCCGGGUCGCUGAUGAGACUACGCCGAAGCCGAAUUUCCCUCAUGUGAGCAUCGCCGUGGUUGGUCCUGACCAUGUCGGCAAGUCGACCUUCAUCGAAAGCGCCCUGGACAUGAAACACCCGCUGUCCUCCCGAUCCACGACCAAGAAGAUGUCCCUCGAUGGGACGGUCUACCUGGUGCGUCUGAUGGAAAUCGAAACCCCCGAGAUCUCGAUUGGCAGCAAAGGCGAGGUCAACUGGCCCCUGCUGGGAAACGACUCGCCGCCUACCGUGGACGGCGUCCUGGUUCUACACGACGUCACUCAGCCUGCAAGCUUCCCCGAAGUUACGGGUCUACUAGACUCCCUAACCGCCUCUGCCAUCCCGUUUAUCCUGGUCGCCAGCAAAUGCGACAUACAACCCCCUGAUAGCCCGGUGGAGCCGGCGUUAGGUGGCUAUGAAAUUCACCGGACCUCACCUGAUUCCCCCCGGUCGCAGAAGAUGUGCAUCGCCUUGGUGCUGCGGUCUGUGAUUAACAGCAAAUAUGACCUCAUCGAUUAUACCCCCAACCCAUCCACCACCCCGAAUUGGCAUCAUACUCGGGCCAACUCAGAAACCCCUACAGCCGUGUUCAUAGGAGCCGCAGGCGGCCCGAUCACCGGAGCGCUCGAUCCAGGAGUCGACGGGUACGGUGUAGACCGUCAACCCGGUGACCCAGCCAACCUGGCUUCCAAUGGACAGAACUUUCGCUAUGCCCGGAGCAACUCGCAUCCGGUGCGACCGCUCACACCUCCAGGGCCCCGACUGAACUCGCGCAAGCAGUCGGCGUCCGGGGACUCAUCGCCAGGAAAGGACCUCAAUCGACAGCACCGACUGCAUACCGCGUGGCGCAACAGCGCCGGGUCAGACGCUUUCAGCAACUUCCUGGAAAUGGGGGAGGAGUUCGACGGGCCCCGGAGCGCGCCCUCGAGCCCCGGAAGCAAAGACCAGACGCCCAGCGAGAGCUCGACCAGUGACGCCGGCUUUACGUUCGACGAGCUGGUCGAUCGUUUGAUUGCGCAGCCCAUGUCGAAGCACGACUCGAAGUUCGCCUCGAUCUUCCUGUGUCUGUAUCGGAAGUUCGCCGCCCCAUCCACCCUACUGAAUGCGUUGGUCAACCGGUUCGAACGGAACGAGCGGGACAUCACGGACCAGCUCAAUCGCAUCGCAGUCCAGCUGCGGCUGCUUGGUGUGAUGGCACAAUGGGUGUCGGAGUAUCCGGGCGACCUGGCGUAUCCGAAGACGCGCAAGCGGAUCACGGAUUUCGUCACGACGCUGGAGAAGAGCCACUUCUACAUGUUCGCGGCCAAGGAAGUCGGGUCAUAUCUGGAGGCCAACGCGGACGACGAUAACAUUGGAUGGCCGUUCCGAGACGGCGACGUGGAGGAGUUCGACUCCUCGGAGCCCCCGUUGCUGUUCUCCGGGCGGAGCUCGCCGUCGAUAUUCCUGGGGGCGCCUCCGCUCAGCGACGAAGGCGAGGAGGAGGAAGAGGACCCGAUCUACAACAUGAGUGCGCUGGACCUCAGCGAGGGCGCGCCCGAGCCGACGUCGCGGCUGUCCGCAUCCAUGUCGAAUUCCUUCACGUCCGAGAAGCCCGGCACGAUCGCCACCCAGUCCUUCACGUUCCUCAACAUCGAGGCCGCCCAGAAGGAGGGCGAGCAGCUGAACCUCACGCCGCGGAUCCCGCUGACGAAAGUGCAAUGGCGGCAGCUCAUGGAGAUCCCCGACGAAGACUUCGCGCGCGAGCUGACGCGCAUCGACUGGAUCAUGUUCAAUGCGUUCCGGCCGCGGGACCUGGUGCGCCACGUCGCGAUCUCCGGCGUGGAAAAGGACAAGAUCCAGAGCCUGAAACACGUCAACCGCAUGAUCAAGCAGUUCAACCACCUGGCCUUCUUCGUGGCCAGCGUGAUCCUGCUCCGCGACAAGCCCAAGCACCGCGCAAAGGCGCUGGAGAAGUUCAUGAACAUCGCAUUGAAACUCCGCCGCCUAAACAACUACAACUCCCUCGGGGCCGUGAUCGCCGGCAUCAACGGAACCCCGGUCCACCGACUGUCGCAGACGCGCGAGCUGGUGCCCGUGCAGACGCAGAAGGACUUCAUGAGGCUGGUCAUCCUCAUGGGCACGCAGAAGAGCCACUUCGCGUACCGUCUGGCAUGGGACAACUCGUUCUCCGAGCGCAUCCCGUUCCUGCCGCUGCACCGCCGCGACCUGGUGUCGGCCGAGGAGGGCAAUAAGACGUUCGUCGGCGACACCAAGACCCGCAUCAACUGGCGCAAGUUCGAGGUCAUGGGCGAGGUCGUGCUUGGGAUCCAGCGCAGCCAGAAGACGCCGUACCCGCAUAUGCCCAAGUUCGAGGAGGUCGAGCGGUUGAUUUUGGAUAUUAAGCUGUCGGGGGAUGAUGAGGACUUGUAUUCAAGAAGCAUGCAAAUAGAACCCUCCGCUGGCGGCGACACCGGACGGAAGAUGAAGUUCGGCUGGUUACGGUCGUGAGAUAAGACCGGGAGGGGGGUUAUGACCGACUACCACAGCGUGCGCAAGCAGGCUGACGAGUACUAUGAUUGUGAUGAUCGUCAUUUGAUGAUGUACAUACACUUGUUACUGUUGAUGUUGACUAUAGUUGAUCCUACUAUGGUGCACCAAACUAUUGAAACUUAAACAUUAUCUACUACUACU